CUAUUUGAAUCCGCCCAAUGGAGCAGCGGAGGAGAUGAAUCCGACCAAUGGAGCAGCGGAGAAAUUUGACAUUAUACAUGUCGACAUGCAUGGAACGAUGAAGGUGCCAGUGCACCAAGGCGACGGUUGGUAUGUGUACUUCGAAAUUCUCACGAGAUGUUAUCUGAUUGGGUGUGCUCUAGCUCUGCAGAGAAACCCCAUUUGGUUUUCACCCAGGCGCCAUUCAGUGAGCCUUAUGUCUCGGCCACGGAGCUUGCGGAUACGCUUCACGAUCGGACAAAAGCGCUUGUGGUGAAUGCUUGUAAUGAAAGUAGCCUCACGGGAGAACUGGGCAUCCAAAUGAUCCGCGUGUUUCUGAACCAAUACGUGGAUUGUAUCGCCGCGACCAGUUACCGGCUAGAAGUAACACCAGCCAAGAUAUAUUACCCUACUUUUUACAUGUCCCUUCUGCUUAAUGGGAGUCUCAACAAGGCAGCAGCAGAAGGUCGACAUGCGUUACGCAAAAAUCUGAGAAGACAAGGUGAUGAAGAAAGAGAUGAUCACUAUGUUCACUGGAAUUGGUCCAUUUAUCCAGACAUCCAAGUGGGAGAGGACCCCGCACCCUCGUUUCGUUUGCUGUUUUUGAUGCUUUUAGAGUGCAUCCCCCGAAUUAUCGCCAUCUUUUGCGCCUUCAUUUCCUCCAAUCGCGAUAUGUGGCGCUGCACCCAAGCGGAACGCUAUCCCAUGUAUAACGUUCAUCGAAAUUUCAAGAAGAUAGAGAGCCAUGUUUGCAGCGCAAAACAAUUCAACGUCCCAGGCAUCACUCUUGAGGCCCUCGACAUCGAAUACCAACUCAGAAAGGAUGAGAACCUAUCCAUCUACUUACAUCCUCCCCACAAAAACGCAUUGCAUGGACUGUCAAGCAUCAAGAACCUAGUCCGAACAAUGGUCCGAAUUUGGGUCGAAACAAAUUUCGUCGCUGAGGCUGUGGUCCUCAGUGUCAAAGAGAUGCUCAAACUCAGCGAAUCCUUGAAAGAGAGAAAGAUAACCAGAUACGAUGCCAAAUUUAGAAAGAGAUCCGGCAAACCCAGGAAGGAUCAGGCGGAGUGGUGCUGGUAUCAAGCUGACAACGUUCAGGGACGGAAGCAGCCUGAAGUCAAGAGCAUGCUUGUGAUUGAAGACAUCCAGUCGCUUGUCGAGGACAAGUCAAAACGACAGGAAAAGGUUUUGAACCGAAUUAGACAAGUCGCAGGACAAAUGGAGGGAAGAUUCUUCGUGAUAACUAUUGGAGGAUUGCUGGAGAAUGAAUGGAGAACAAGUCUUCCAAACUCGUUCGCAGACGGGGCCAUUGGAAAAAAAUGGGUGAGGCCUACAGUCAUGAUGAUUCCCUACAACAACAAUAGUGAGCUGUCAGCGACCUUUAAAUAAUAUAGCUGUGCACAGUCUUCGAAAUAGAGUCAUCGUUACACAAUAGAAGUCAAUCUUCCGCUCUGAGUCUCUGACAGUUCGUUCUACUCAUCGUCAUCUGCUUUUCCGCCAUCGGGGCCUCGUUAUGCUAGAAGACGCAAUACUGUCAGUCAAUCAGCGA